AUGAAUUUCGGUGGAUUCCAGAGCUUAGAAGAAGAACAUCAAACUGUUUUAUACAGGUUUGAGCGGUUUUUGCAAGAUGCCGAUCAACGUCUGUUACCAAGUGUAGGUCCACACUAUCAUUUUUCAUCAAAAUUGAAAUCAUUGUCUACCGUAGCCCAACUGCUACUUCUUUUGCAUGAGUUAUUCUGGGAAUCCGUUGAACGUGUCGCUGAGCAUGGUGCUCAGGAAGUUUCCCAUAAGAUAUUUGCUCAGUGGCUAGAAAAUGAGCCUAGAGUUUUGGAAAGCUAUGAUUUUAUUCUUACUGGGGUUUUAGAGUUGUUGUUCGAAUCCAAACUGAUUCGCUAUCAAAUAAGACCCAAUUCGGAAUUUAUCGCACUAGUACUCGAAUUUUAUUCUGGGCUGUCCAGGUUAUCUGAGUUGACUAUGAGUGGUCUAUUGAGGUUGUUGCUGGAAAAGUUCCAAAACAAUUUCGUCAACAGGUGGAAUAAAAUAAAUUCCUCCACAUUAUUGUUUGAUAAAGUGGAGGACCUAUUCUCUCAUAACCGUGAUAUUGUCAGUCCUCCGUUAUUUGGCUUAAAAAAUGUCGUGAAGCGAGAUUUCUUUGAGUUGACAUUACCGAAAUUUGGUUAUUAUCAAUUGUUGGUUGAAGUAUUCCAGCUCGAUUCAGGAGAAAUUGCGAUCUUCAAAGUAAAUAACCAAGCUCUUCCUUAUAAUACAAAUGACGGAGCAAAGUUAUUGAAUGCAUUGAUAUCGGGAUCCAAUUUUCUUGCGGAUAUCGGUCGAUCGUUAUUGUUUUCAACAUUAGGAAAAUCCAACUUCUCAUCUGUUAGAGAGAUCCCAAAUGGGAUUGAAUUAAAAGCCGAAGGGGAAGUCGAUUUUAAUCUGACUUUAAAGAUAGUUAAUAACUUGGGCUGGGAGGAAUUUUGGCGGUCCAAUUUUCAGAUGGUUUUUGGAACAAAGUGUUCGAAGCUUUCGGGCGUGGAGACUGCAUUAGCUGCGACAAGAAGCGUGUCCCACCCGCUACAAAAAUUCAAGUUGAAACAUGAGAAACUCCUAGAGAUAAGGUCUCCAGAGAAUUUUGGUUUAGGGCUACAAUUACCCUCACAAAAUUUAUUAUGUCCAGAGACUGCUUUGAAUGCUUCCUAUAGUACGUCUGAACCAUCUGUCGAAGACACUACGCAAAAAAAAAGUGUAUCUGAUCUUAAUGCUGCUGGUAGCUUAAAUAAUCCAGCGACUGAAAAUUUGGCAAGUUUGUCUUAUUCGUUGAAUGAUAUGGAGUCUUCCAACCACGACAGUUUAUUACGGUUUGAGGAGAGCAUUAGCACUACCGAAUCGGAGUUUGAUUUUUGUCCUAAAGCUAAUCAGUCUGUAGCAUCUCAAUCUAUGAAAAUAACUAUGGAAGAAGUAAGCCCAAUAUCCUCUUCUGAAAAAAGAACCCCGCAGAGCGGAGUUGAUAAUGUAUCAACUAAACUGUUGGAGUCAGCAAACAUUACCAAGCAGUUUACCAACGAAAUAUAUACAAACGUUAUAAGGGAUGUUGAUGAACAAGAAGCAGAAGAUUUUCAACUAACAUUCUCCAUGCAUAAACCACAAUUACUGAGGAAAAAGAAUAUGCAAUUAUUCAGUUUAUUUACUAAUAGGAGUUCUAAAAGCGGCAUAACCGAACGUAAUAAGGUUAAAUUCAGUGGGGAUAACAGAAGAUACAUCACACCAUUUCCAAAAAUAUCUAAUAUAGAGUGCAGUAAUUUAAAGGCCAACCACCAUAUAUCUGCGAGGGAGCGAAUAUCUAUAGGUAAUAUCAAGAACACAAAUGCUUUACUAUCUUUAUCUGAUCUACCCUUCGAUGUUGACAUUUUAAACAACCACGUUAUUUUUGAUGGACGUACCAACGUUUCCUGCUGGUCUGGUUAUUCUUGGUUGUCAUUAUCAAGUGACUGGAUGCGACUCCUGAUUUUGGAGAACGAAGACGGAGAAUAUUUCUGCAUUGUACAGAAUCCAAAAAGGGCUAUCUACCAACUAAUAUUGCGUUUUUCGGGCGACUGGAGAAUUGACAGGUCAGGUGCUCAAGAUAUCCAAAUUAGAAUUGGCAAGAAUGAUUGUUUGUCUGCAGUUUCCCUCGAAGUGCCGCGUAUGAUAAUGAUGAGGUGCCCAGAAAUAGAGAGCUUAAUAAACUGUCUGCAUCUGUGUAUUCAAUAUAAUUCACCGUCUGUGUUGCCAAAGGAAAUACCAACGGUCUGUUUGUCGCCUGCGGACCCAUGCAAAAUGACUGAAGAUGCCCAAUCUUUAAGAUCUCUCACCUCUUUAAACGACUGCCAUUCAGAUACAGUAAAUGAUUAUUUACAUGCAGAUGCUAUUUUCCUCCUUUUGGUUCCAAAAUUACAAGUUAGGUUGCAUACAUACACUUCAGAACAUGGCUGGAAAUUAAAGAAAAGAGGGCUAUUAGAUAUCUACACGCAGAAAUGCAACUCAAAUUUCGUUGGUUACAGAUUUGAAUUGGUCAACGGAGAUGAGAAGGAAAUAUCGUACUCAACAAUCAAUGGUUUUAGAAAAUACGGAAGAACGGGAAUAUCUAUAGGUGUGCAACUAUUUCAAUUCAAAAAUCAAUGUAUUGCAGACGAAGUUUUCAAUUUACUGUCAUCAGUGGUAUAG